AUGAAACUCAAUUCCCUAGUCUUCCUCAUAUGUUACUUGUGUGUUGUCUCGCUUAUUCCUGUUUUCCUCGUUCUCAUAAUGGCCCCGGGCAGCCAGAACUCGCGAUCGAAAGAUAAAUCCGAAAAAGCGGAUAAAUCUGACAAGGUCGAUAAGCCCGUAUUAAGUGCUAUUAAAGACCUCAAGGCAUCAGCAGCAGCUGUACUUCAGCACCUUGAACACCUUGACACGGUUGAGAACUUGAAGAGGCAGGUCAAAGAGCUCAAUCAGCAAUUGGAGGAAGCCAAUGCAAAGGUCGAAAAGGCCCAGGAAGAGCGGAAUGGAGCUGAUAUAACGAAUCAAGGAUUGACAAAGUCGUUUGAGCAGCGCUUUCUGGAGUGGAAGGAGAGAGAGGAUAAAUUGGAAGCUCAAGUAAAAGAAGAACGCACCAAGGCUGAAUUGAUUUCGCAAAAGAAAGACCGGGAAUGGAAGGAACAGUUGGAAAAGUACAAGAGAAAGUUACGCAAAUUAGAAGAGGAACUUCAGUGUGAGAAGGAGAAUAAUACCGGCCUAGAUUUGCGUCUACGACGGACUGAGAAGACACUAAAUGACCUUCGUGAAGAUAUCAACGUCAUACAUUUUGAAAAAGACUCUUUCUCCAAACGUUUCAAAGAUCUCGAUGACAAGCUCUAUAAGCUGACUGAACGCUUCUUCAAGGGCCCUUUGCGGCCGUUCGAUCAGGGACAACACCAUUUUCCUCGUACUUCCCAACCGAUGUUGUUUAGCUACGCUGAGAAUCAUACUGUUCCAUGUGCCCGCCUAGCCCAGUUACUCAUUGCGGAUCGACUUGCUAGGGAUGUUUUCAAGCCUAUGUGUAUUGCAUCACCGAAAGGGCUCAAGUGCAUGGGCGAUGAAAUUCAGAGAUCCGGGAACGAACCUCGCCAGAAGGCAAUACUUCGCUCCCUUCUCUUCAAAACCUUCCAUGAAGAAGAGGAAGAACAACAAAGAGAGGUUAUAAAAUUAGUUACCUCUGAGCUCCUCCACGAGCUAGAAGAGAGGUUGAGCCCUGAGGGUAGUAGUGUGUUCAAGGAAGAGUUAAUUACCUAUCUGGAACUGGCUGCCAAAUUAUGGAACCAGAUGAAGGAGGGAUCAGAUUGGGUUUUGGCGUCUUCCGAUUGGCACAACAACUGCGCGGCGUGGAAUAAGGUUCGGGGGCAAUCGAGUAGUACUGCGGUGGGGCAGCAACGACUACUACCAGGAGCUCCAUGGUUUGUCAUGUUUCCACAAAUGUAUGUUGAUGGAAGUGAUACCCUGUUAUAUCCGGGGUCCUUGUGGUCUUUCGAUCCGGCGCCGGCUGAAGAGAAGCGGAAUGCGCAAUCUCCUCGAGCUGGGCGAGUGUCAGCGCCUCGGAGCUCCAAAAGCCCAACUGUAGCGGAAGCCAGCUCUGAUCCGGGGGUCCCAGCGUUUCGAGGUCUUGCAUCGAGGGAUAAGGUUUCUGAAAUGGGCCGCAGAGUAUCUUCGGAUUCCGAAGGCCAGCGAAGAUGUAAAUCUACUUGCUGA